AUGAGCGAGGGAAAUGUGGAGAAGCCAAGUUUAAGGUUGGAAGCCGCUAUCCAGACCCUAGAAGAUACAGUGCUGCAUCCCAGAGCAAGCAGAGAUGACAAAGCAUUGACUGUGCGAGGGGAAGGAGAAAAGGCUGCACCUGUAACGAUCCCAGCCAGAAUUCGACAGAUUAUUACACAAAGCUUAUCUGAUCCAUCAUCCUCAGAUUUACAAAAAACAGACCUUCCAGCCAAUAUGCAAGAAGAAAACCGCUUAUUGCAGAAGGAACUUUCUCGCCUCGAGGACCUGUUGGCACACACUCGUGCAGAGAAGGAUGAGUUGGCUAGUAAAUAUCAAGCUAUUAGUGAAAGGCUGCAGCAAGCACAACGAGCAGAGGAGGAAGGAAGCACAGCAUUCCUGCAGAUGAGACAGCAGUUUAAAUCGGAUGAAAAAGCACAUAAGCGUAAGAUGCAAGCCUUCCAGGAUGGGCAACAGCAUCAGGCUCAGCUAGUACAGAAGAUGCAAAAUAAGGUAUUGCAAUACAAGAAAAGAUGUGGAGAACUGGAACAGGAGUUACUGGAGAAAACCUCUGAGUGUGAGCGUCAUAAACAGAUGCUGCAGACAAGAUUAGACUCAACAGAAUUACGUUUACGACGCAUUGAACAUGACAAUAAUACAGAGUUGGAGAACACUCUCAUCCACCUAGAAAAAGAGCAGCAGAGGAGUGCUACCCUUUCUCAGAUGAACACUUUACUUCAGGAACAGCUGGAAGAGGUGAAAUGCUCAAAACAGAGACUAGCUGGGGAGCUAGAGAGGAAUGCUACUGAUAUGCACAGGCUGAGAAGUGAACUAGAACAGAAGGUAUCUCUUUGGUGCAAAGGCAGGAACUAUGAUUCCUAUCUCAGCAAUGAACACAGUGGGAUUCUCCUGCUAUGGCGUCAAGCAGCCACACUUCGUGGGAACUUCGUAGAGCUUCGCACAACAGUAGAGAGGGGACUUGCUGAAGCAGGAACAGACAUGGCAAGAGCUUCCCGCCGCCUCCAAACUGCCUGUCUCAAUUUGGAUUCCAAUUUGCGCCUUUCUGAGAAUAGCUCUACCUGUUUGCUAGAGAAGCAGCUUCGGGAGAAAGUCCGAGAGAUGAUUCAGCUACAGAGUUCUUGGGAUGGAGAAAAGGCUGUUCUAAGCUCCAAGAUUACUGAAUUGACCACUUUGGGUGAUAAGCUUAAGGAACAGAACACAAAGAAAGACAAGACAAUCUCUGCUUUAAAAAUGGACAUUCAGAAAUUGGAAGCCAGUAAAAUUGGAGAUCUAGAAGAAAUGAAGGAUCUGAAGGAAGAAACUGAAUCUUUGCAACAUACUUUAAAAAAUAUUACAAAGUUGGCUCUUGCUGAAUCAAAGAACAUAGAACUUAUCUCCAAAGAAAAUGCCAAAGCUCUACCAGAAGAAGACACUAUAUGGCACACUUAUCCCCUAGGCUUUAGCUCACCUCAGCACCAAUGGGCAAUUCAGUCCCGGAUACAUUCUCCAUCCUGCCAGAAUGCAGCAAUACAAGCAGUGCAAGCCCUUAUCCAAAAGUCACAACAGCAUGAGCAGGAAUUGCAUGUGCAGUUGGAAUCCUGCAGAGAUAUCCUGGGAUCUGUCAAGAAGCAGCUUGUGGACUGCCAGCAGGAAAUGAAGGCAGCUGAUCAACAGCUGCAGGAACAGAAGCAGGAAUGUGAAGAGCUGACAAGGGCCCUGGAGGACCGCAGGCAGAAAGCACAGCAUUGGAAAUCCUCAGUGGAACUUUUAGAAAGAGAGAAGGAGGCCAUGGAGAUAGCAGUAGAAAGCCAGUCUCAACAGCUUGAUGCCUCCCAUUUGGAGGUAGAGCGCCUGAAAUCAAUGAAUGGAGAUCUACAGAAACAGCGAAAACUCCUUGAAGAGCAAAAAGAAGAUGCAAUUAAGGAAAAGGAGAGGACAAGGAAGGAUUUGGAGUGUGGGCAAAGGUCUCUGGAGCAACUUGAGGAAAAAAUGUCAAUCCUGAAAAAAGAGUUAGUGAAUGUGAAGGAAUCUUUGAAUCAGGCCAUGCUGGAGAAAGAUAUACUGGAGAGUGCAAAGGAAGGCUUGAGCAAAGCACUUUCCAAAGUUGAAGCCAGCAACACUGAGCUUGAACUCUCCAUACACAAGAUGAAAUCAGAAGAUGCUGAACUAAGGGACUCACUAGCCAGGAUGGGAGCUCUAAAUGAAGGACUAUCAAAUGAUAAAAUCAAACUAAACCACAUCAUCUUCCAGCUUGAAGAUGAGAAGAGCAAGUUGGUAGGGAGGAAGCAGGAGCUGGAGCACGAGCAAGUGGUUUGGCGAGAACAGCUUGCACACUUUGAAAAGGAGCAGAUGCACAUGAGGGCAGAGAAACAAGAAUUGGAGCAGAGUUGCCAAGCCUCCGAAGAGAAAGGGGAGAUGCUGGAAGGAGAAAUAGCCUUACUGAGAAGGGAAAGAGUCCAGCUACAGGACCAGAUGAUGCAGCUAAAUAGCCAGAAACAAACUCUAGGUGAGCAACUGGCCCAGAGCCACAGAGAAAUUGAAAUGCAGACGGAUUCACUCAUCCGUGUGCUACAAGAGAAGGAAGAGAUAGCUAAGGAAAAGGCACAGCUGGCUGUGGAGCUCACUGCAAUGCAGAGGCAGAAGAAGUUGUUAACUGAGGAGACAGACACUCUCAGAAUGGAGAAGGAAUCCCUGGAAACCAGCCUUUUUGAGGCACAAGAGCUGACCGCUCAACUUGAGGCCCGCAAGGAACAAUUAGAAGGAGAAAAUCAAGGCAUUGGUCUUUCUAGGAAGGCCCUUCAAGCGGAAUUAGGAAAGGUUCGGCAAGAACUUGAGCUUCAAGAGAAUACCUUGAGAAAAGAGAUAGAGAAGUUAAAGCACCAGUUGACUCAAACAGAAGAAGAGUGUCAGUUGUCUAUGAAACAUCAAAAGCAAGCUUUUGAAGAGGACCUUGGGACUCUUAGGAAAGAGAAGGAGAUCCUGCGUCUGACACUGAUGGAGGAGAAAGAUGAAACUGUCAGCUGUCUUCAGCAAGAGAAAGAAGAACUGGUGUCCAAGUAUGAAGCUGAGAAGAGGGCGCACAUGGAGGAAAUCCUCACUUUGCAGCAGCGCAGAGAUGAAAGCCUCCUCAUGCUAGAAAAUGAAAAGCAAAAGGUAGUCUCUCAAAAAGAAGCUGAAAAGAAUCUCCUUGUGGAAAAGCUCAAUGAGUUACAACGAGAGCUGAAAUACACCAGGUCUGAGAUGGAACAGCUGAAGCUUGACGGUCUAAAGCGACAAGAGCAGGAUAAGAACACAAUUACCAGCAUCAACAAAGAACUACAGACCUUCCAGGCACAAUUUGAAGAUGCAAUGGCUGCACACCAGAAAGAGGCCAAACGUUUAAAUGAACAUAUAAAGGAGCUGGCAAGAGAGAAAGAACUUAGUGGGCGGGAGGUCGAACAGUUCAAAGUCCAACUACGGUUGGCAGAAGAUACCCAUGCAGAUGUUCACAAAGAACUCACUGAGCUUCACCAGAGACUGCAGGAGUCAGAAGAGGCGUGUGAUCAGCGACAAAAAGAGCUACUGGAAUUUCACAGGGCUGUAGCAGAUGAGAGCAGAGAAAAGGAAGCACUUCAGAAGUCCAAUGCUGACCUCAGAACAGCUGUCAAAAAAACAGAGAAUGAGAAGCUCAGACUGCAGAGAAUCAAGGAAGAACGAGAACAGAAGAUUGCCAUUCUGGAAGAAGCAAAAGCCGCAGUUGAGGUAGAGGUGGGAGAGCUCCGAGUAAAUCUACGGGAAGUAGAGAAGGCACACAUGGAAGCCAGAAGGGAACUUCAGGAACUGCGCAGAGAGGUAAAGUCCCUGGAGAGCAAGCACAGCAAGAAAACCCAGGAGGUCACUGAAUUACAACAUCAGUUGCUGCAAAAAGAACAACAGGAACAGCAGAACAGCAAAGAGGUCCUGGAUCUUAAACAGAAGAUAUCUACUCUGGAGAUUGGCCAUGAUUCUGCUCACAAGGAGGUGUUGAACUUGCAGAAGAAGCUGUCUUCUGCAGAGGUAAAAUCCCAACUUCAAGAGCAGGAUUUAAAGCACAGCCUUGCAGAGAGUUGUAUCAAGGAGAAAAAGUGGAAGGAUGAACUCCAUAGCCUGGAAGUGAAGCUUCAGGAAGCAAGCAGGUCAAAUGAGAAUCUCCAGCUGCGCCUCAGCACCUGUGAGGGAUGUAUCCAUGGCUUAGAAACAGAACUAGCCAAAACUGAAGCAACCAAGAGAGAGGUUGAACUGAAGUUAGUGGCAGUCCACUCCACUCUCCGUCGCACACUGGGACUUGGCAGUCGGAGUCCAUCUCCCCAACGAUCCUUGUCUCCAGUCAAAGGAACCAGUGGACACCAAACACCUGCAUCUCGCACUGGUUCACCUGAGAGGAGCCGCUCCCGUUCACCAUUUCAUCGAACUUCUCCCCUCAGGAGUGAGCAAACCACAAGUGAAAUUGAUCCAGAAGUAGUUCGAGAUGCUUUGAAAGACUUCCUUCAGGAGCUACGGGAUACCCAAAGAGAGAGGGAUGAUCUAAGAAUUCAGGUGAUGAAUAUGAGUCAUCAGCUGAAUGAAAUGGAUGCUGAUCGCGACCAAACCCAAAGCCGUAUCCUGCAACUCCAGAAGUAUUUAGCAGACUGUGAGGAAGGUAAAAGGGGAACAGAUGGUCGCCUGAGCAGUGCACAAGUAGCACUUAUGCUGCAAGAGGAAACUAUUCGCAAAACAGAACAGGAACGCCAGGCAUCUGCAGAACAGGUGCUCAACCUGGAGCGCAACUUACGUAUUUGUCAGGAUAGGAACAAAGAAUUACAGGAGAAAGUCAAAGCAUUUAAAACCAAGGAAGCAAAGCUGGAAACAGAAAAAUGGAAGCUAAAAGAAGUUCUAGAAGCAGCAGAGAGCAGGGCCACCAAACUGGAGCUGAGCCACAGAGCAGUGGAAGGAGACUUACAACGAACACAAAUGAGCUUGACUUCAAGGGAUGAAGAGAUCCAGUCCCUGUUGGAGCAAAUCCAGGAACUUCGAUGCCAAUUAGGAGACAGGGAGAACAAAACUGCUCUACUGCAGCAAGAGCUUGACCACCUGACUCAUUCUCUAGCCAGGACUGAAGGCACUGAAAGUCACUUUAAAGAUAGGGUGCAAACUCUGUCUCAAGCACUCUCCAGUGCUACAGCUGGAACUUCCUCCCUGCAGGAGAACAUCUCACACCUCCAAAAGGCCCUGACAGCUGCAGAGCAAGACCGUCGGCUACUCCAGGAUCGCUUUGACUCCAUGCGACAGGCAUUGUCAGAUAGCAAGAGGCAGAAUCAUAGCUUGACUAAUACAGUACAUUUGUUACAAGAUCGACUGGCUGACAUGGAACUACAGUACAGAAAUAUGGAGAAGCAGAAGCAUCAUCUUCUCGAAGUAAAGCGUGAGAAAUUUGGGAAAGAAGAUGAUACUUUUAGACUCAGUCAGAUGAGAGGACAGCCGAAUCGAUCCGUGAGUAGCCUUCAGCAGGAGAUGGAAGACAUCAUGAUGCAAAAUGAACACCUGCAGGUUCAGAUUGCAGAGCUGGAACAAACACAGGCCCAGCGACUGAUGGAACUGACAUCACAACAUCAGAUGGACAUGGAACUAGAAACAGAAAGACUACGCAGUGCUCAACUCCAAGCCGAACGGACAUUGCAAUCCCAGGAAAGAACCCAUCGGCAAAGGGUGAAAAAUUUGGAAGAACAGGUGAAUUCUCUGAAAGAGCAAUUGGAUAAAGAAGUGAGAAGACGGCAGGUGUACCUGAGCCAGGUGCUUCAUACAGUAAAAUGAUGAAUAAGCCAAACAUUGCACCUGGAUCUCAGAUGGCCCAAAAGCAAAUCCAUCCUUCAGCAUGAUUCUUACACUCAAGAUUUGGAUUCAUUCAUUUCUUGCAUUAGGGCACUCAAC